AUGGUGAUGACAUGGGUACGCGAGCUAAAACGAGAGUUGAUGGAAGUUUCGGUCGUUUGUGAAAAUAAUGUGGUUUCACUUGGUGAUGGCACGGGUACUCAAAUUGUGGACAUUUCACUUGGAAAUGGGGUUAUACCUUUUGGAGAUGGGGUUAUACCUUCCAAACAGAGCACGAACAUACUUGACCCGGAAAGUCUUCGAAGAAAAGGAAGGCCGCCGUGCAAAAGUAAGAAAGGUGUUGUGGAAAAAGCAGUGAAAAAGAAAAGAGAAACAAAAAAAAAGACGUUAUCCAAUGAAAAUGUCAAGGAGGUUAAGAAAAUUGCAGUUGGCCAUGGGUUCGGGACACAAGACAGUGUAGUAAAUGAUAACCCAAGCUGUAUGGGGCAUUCAAUGUGGCCAAACAUGAUGCCCCAUAAUAUGCAAGCAAAUAUGGCACAAGGCGGAACCAUCUUUUCAUUUUCAUCAACUUUUUGUCCAACCGGAACAAGCUUGAACCAAUUUAGGCCUUCUUUUCCAAGUUCACAAAGCCUAUUCAAUGGUCAAUUUUGGAGAGGUCAAUCAACUAUUACGGGCAGUCAAGUUUGGGGAGGAGGACAAUCAAGUUUUUUGGAAGACCAAGGUCAAUAUUGGAGGGGACAAGAACCAAGUUUACUGCAAACUCAAGGGCAUGGAUAUGAAAGACGAGAAAGUUUCUCAGAUAUGUUGAAUGCAACGAAUAAUGAUGGGGAAUAGUUCACUUGUUUGUUUAAUGGAAAUGAUGAAUGUAUAUUGUUAUUUUUAUUGGUCUUCACAUUGAUGAAUCUGUAUUAGUAUUAGCAUUACGACGAUUUUUGUUGAACCUGUGAAUGUUGCAAGGUUGCAAUGUGUUAUAUUUGAUAAAUGCAAUUUAUGGUAAUCAAAUGUAUCGUGUCGUGUCCAUAUCGUAUCUUGAAAGAUGUGUCUUAGGGUAUUUUUUGAAAAAUUCGACAGAGUUUCCUUUGCUUUCGGUCUAACCCGACGUCACAACAUCUCAGUCAAUAGAA